AUGAUACAUUCCAUAGGUUUCCAGUCGAUGUACAAGAUGUGUGAAGGUUGGCUUCUUCCGACUAUGCGGUCUGCCACUAGUCCUGGGAGCAGUGGACGAUUCCUAAACGUGGUGUCAACCUACCCUGGGUCAACACAUGAUGCAUUCAUGUUUGAAGGUUGUGGUGUAAAGGACUAUCUGGAGAGAAACGAUGUGGGCUAUCUGUUGGGUGAUAGCGGAUAUACUCUUCGAAGAUACUGCAUGACACCAUUAGCCAAUCCAAACAGUGUCCAGCAAACCAGGUUUAAUAUAGCCCAUAAGAGAGGACGAGUUGUUGUCGAGAGGGCCUUUGGUGUUCUUAAGAGUAGAUUCAGAUGCCUACAUACGGCUGGUGGCUGUCUACCAUUCACGCCAUCGAAAUGCGCCCAAAUUGUAUUGGCAUGCAUGCAUCUUCACAAUUUUUGUAUGGACAGAAACAUCAUGGACCCAACCCUUAUGCCUGAUGUUGAUGAUGAUGAUGAAGAUGAUGCAAUAGUUAGACAGACUGAUGGUGUGGAUGGCACAGAUAGAAGAAAUGUAAUUAUUGGGAGAAUGUGA